GCAUACUGUACUUCAUUAACGAGUAUGUGGAACGAUUCUAAUACGUAGUUACAGUCUUUAAGUACUUACACGAAUAUUUGAACUGUGCGAAUGGAGUUUGUGAACUGAAUCGAAGCAGUCAGUGUGUCCCUUCAGGUUCAACUUCGCAAUUUUUUUCACUCAAAACAACCAAACGACGAAUAAGCAAUGGAACUGAAAAGAAUCGUGUCCUUCUUACCCUUCGUACUUGGAGCUUUAGCUUUGGACACGGAAUGGUGGAAACACGCGACUAUUUAUCAAAUAAUGCUGAGAUCAUUUCAAGACAGUGAUGGCGAUGGAAUCGGAGACAUCCGAGGAUUAAUUUCCAGGCUGGAUUAUUUGGUCGAGAUUGGAGUAGAUACCGUUUACAUAAUGCCAUUUUAUCCUGCUUCGGGGUUUGAUGACGGUUACGAUAUAAAAAAUUUUAAAGAAAUAGAUCCUGUCUAUGGAACGAUGCAAGAUUUCGAGGAGUUGAUGAGUGAAAUGCAGUCUAGAGGUUUACGUUGUUUAACGGAUUUGGUGAUCAAUCAUACCAGCGACGAGCACGAAUGGUUCCAAAAUUCGAUCAAAAAAAUUCCUCCAUUCACAGAUUACUACGUUUGGAAGGAUCCAAAAGGAUAUGAUGAUAAGUACAAACCUAUUCCACCGAAUAAUUGGUUCAGCAUGUUUAGUAUGAGAGUAGAUGGUAGCGCUUGGACAUGGAACGACGAAAGAAAUCAAUUCUAUCUGCAUCAAUCGAACAUACAACAGCCAGAUUUAAAUCUGAGAUACGAAAAUGUCAAAACAGAAAUAACGAAUAUAAUGACACACUGGUUGGAGAAAGGAGUCUCUGGAUUUCGAGUCGACGCACCCACGCUUUUUAUGGAAGAUGAACAGCUUCGAGAUAAUCUGCCGUUAAGUCCUGAAGCUACAGUUUUCACCAUGUUUUCAGAAUGUGAACGUACUUUCAAUCACCCAGAUAAUUUCAAAUACCUGCACGAAUUGAACGUGUUUCUGGAGCAAUAUGAUCGAGAGAAGGAAAGACCAAUUCAAACGUUUCUACUCGGAGAAACAUUAGGACCAGUCAAAGGCGUUAUCAAGUAUUACGGAACAAAGGAAUCCCGAGCAAUCCAUUUGCCACAAAAUUUUCUUCUCGCAGGUUUAUUUUUCUUUGCACGAAGCAAAUUCCUAAAUGCUCGACAACUCAACGAUUAUCUUCACACUUGGCUCGACGCUGUGCCUAAAGAUAUGCCAUCAAACUGGGCUUUGGGCAAUCAUGAUCAAGGCAGAGUCGCACAUCAUUUCGGUGUAGAAUACAGCGCUAUUAUGCUAACUGUGGGCACCCUGCUGCCGGGAACAUGUUCGCUGCACUAUGGAGAAGAGAUCGGCAUGGGGCAGAACAAUUUGGUUCGAAAAGUGGACAAAUACAAUAGGCUUUUUCAUCGCACACCCAUGCACUGGGAUGAUACCAAAAAUGCUGGUUUCUCCACUGCCACUGAGCCUUGGCUACCGGUGCAUCCGAGUUACUGGAAUAUCAACGUGAAAAGCCAAAAAGACACGCCGAACAGCGUGUUGAAUUUUUUCAAAGAUUUAAUGACCGCUCGAAAAACCGAUACAAUAAAGCACGGUGAUCUGAAAUUCCACAUUUUAUCAGACUGGGUAUUAGCGUUUUCUAGAACUUACAAGGAAACCAUUUACAUCGCUGUGAUGAAUUUGGGAACGGAAUCGGAACCAAUUAAAUGGGCUGGGAUAAAGAAUCUUCCAGAAACGCUGUUUUCGGCAGCUUCCAGUCCUAAUUCGCUGUAUAAAAAAGGUUUCAAAAUGGAAACGAAAUCGUCAGAGUACGUUCUGAGGCCUCAUUCUGUGCUCAUACUGACAUCAGAUUCUGUAGCUCCUGCAGUUGGAAGCGGUUGGUCUCUAAUACCCUCAUUGAUGCUACGUGCUGGUAGGUUCGUGCGUGAUUUAAUUAUCUAGCGAGUUCAAAGGAUGGAUACAAACAAUGGCAACAACGUUCAGAAAAUUAGACAAUAAAUUGAUAAUAAUAAUUCAGUUGAUGAAGAUGAACAAUACGUUCUCUAAUAAUAAGUAAAUAAUUAUGUUGAUAAUGAUUUGAAUUAAAGGGAGCAAGGGUAGCCUCGCUCCGGUUGGAAGAACUCGCAAUUUGUUUCUCUUUUGAGAUAAAAUCAAAAUA